AUGACUCGCAAACAUUUUCUAGCAGAUGUCAAAGCAGCAUCUGAAAAAGGAAUCUCUAAUGUUGUGUCUAUCAGUCGGGGAGAUGAUGAUGGGGAUGUAAACUUUUGCUUUUUACAUGAUAAGACAGAUCCCAUAGAAAUUGGUCUUUUGGCACUAGAUGUCUCCGACUAUCCGGCUGGAAACAGCUUCAUGGUUUUCACUAAGUCUGAUGGGGCUCCCAAUUCUGUCAUCGAAGCACUGAAACAACUCACACCUUCUCCAAAUGGCGUACAUUUACCAGAGUUGAUUAGCGACAUUUCGCAAAAGCUACAGAAGGCUCUCUCGACCGGUUCUCGAGAAGCUCCCAUCAGCCUAGACGACGAGGAUGAGGAUGACAACACGGAAGACUUGGUCGAUGAAGAAAGCGAAGAUGACUCUGGUUUCUCCGAUGAUGACGAAGAGGACUUCGCAGAUGACCCUACAACAUUUUCUAAUGGAAAUGAUGUACCGAUAUUCACUAUCAAACUCACGCCAAAGGCUGUUGCACAAUUGAAUCGACGUAUUAGAGCAGACGUGCGUGCUGUCAGAAUGCUCGGUCAUCGGAUCGGAAUUUUGAGUGGCAUGAAAGCUGAAUCUCAGAGUAGUAUUCUCAGUAUCUCCAUUCAAGCUACCAAGCUAGGCCUAUCUGAGGAGGCUAUGCAAGCUUGGGACAUAGAACCAGACCAAUAUUUGACCCUACUUAUUCGCUACUCAGAAGGAUACAAAACCUACGAGACAAUAAUUGCCGAGCCAGCAAAGAAUAGUGGAAUUGAUUUCCGUAUCGGGGUGAGCAAUGGUUACAAACCAUCCGCAACAGCUGCCUUUUCCACCUUCUCAGAUUCGAAUAAAGCUGGUGUCAAAGAUUCUAAUAAUGAUAGUUCAAUACCCCAAGUGAACGCACAGAAUCAGAGCAGAGAAUUCUCCAGCAUCUUUAUCAGUAGCUCUUUGAAUGAGUUCAUCAACACAAAGAUGAUAUCAAUACUGAAGCUUCGCAAAAUAACCGGCCUUGGGUGGGAAGACGCAAAGAAGUGUUUUGAUGAGCGGCAAGGACGACCUUUUGAAGAACAUGCAGAUUUGUCUUCCGACAAGCUUCACUCCCGCACGAGUACUGAAUUUCAAGACCAUGCUUCACGAAUUCUAACUGAUGACCAUCUCACCGAUAAUAACGGCGGCAGCCUUUCAUUUCCGCUUCUCGCUGCACAAUUUGCAUUGAUGUAUCUAGUUCGCUGCACAGAAUUCUGUCUCGUUUGCCAUGACAAGAUCAAGGCGGAAUUUGAGGCACUGAAGCCUUAUGUCUGUGAUAAGCCCUUAUGUUUAUAUCAAUAUAUGGCUUUGGGUUUUGGACCCAGUGUCGAACAUGAAAUACAAACCCAGCCGUAUGUUGUAGAUCUUCUCCUGAACUUUUGUUAUACUAGUGCUUGGGGAAAUCGAAUUCGGGAGUAUCCAACAGGCAUGAGUCUAUCCGUUCCACUUGUUAUCCCCCCUUCUGUGCACGCGAUAGUCCCUGUCGUCUCAUCAGAUGUCUUGGAUGUUUCCAGUGCGGUCGCUUUUCCCCAGCCAAGCUCGGAUGGUCCUCGCAACCAAGUGUUUGAUGUCAAGUACGACGUUGAGGCUCACGAAGUUACAUUCGAGAAAAAGGAUGUUCCUGUUUACAAAGGAGAUUGGGUCCGUAUUUUGGUUGGGUCAGGAAACUCUCAGGCGUUCCACUUCAGAGUGGAAGACAUAUCUUGUUUGCCGAUAGUAAAACUCUCAGCACCAAUUACACAGAGAAUCCAAAAAGCAGCAACCUCGCAAGUCCCAUCUGUCACUUUCACCACCAGUAACGUGCUUGCGGCUCGACUGGCUAUUUACAAUCGCAACUUCGACGACAUGUCUGUUCUGGAGAAAUGCAGCACUAUAACCAUGCUUCUUGACACUUUACCAACCAUCCUGGAGUUAAGAGAGUAUAUCGACCGACAAAGUCGUACGGAACAACCGAACCUUCGCAAAUGGACAGAGCGCAUAUCUCCGGCUGCUUUGGGAUUACUCCGAUGGGUUAUAGCCUCUAAUCGCUCAUGUCUUGUUCAAGUCGACAAAUGCCCUGGCCAAAGUGAUAGCGUUCUCGCUGAGGGAAAAAUUAGACCUGACCAGAAGGUAUCUCAAAUUGGUGAGAACUGGGUUCAAUUUCGAUUUGCGCAAGGAUCGCCAGACAAAGAGCUACGUUUUUUGAAUGCCCUUAAAGCCCAGCAGACAAAUUUGAACCCAAAUUAUCCUACUAUUUUUGCCUUUCACGGUAGUCCGCUACAGAACUGGCAUAGUAUCAUUAGGCAUGGAUUGGAUUUCAAAGAAACGCUGAACGGACGAGCCUAUGGACAUGGUGUUUACCAUGCACAAGAUCAAGCCACAUCAUGUUCAUACAGUCAAGGACGAAAUAUCCUGGAUUCCUGGCCUGGAUCUCAGCUCAGAAUUUCAGCUGUGAUGAGCAUUAACGAAAUCAUCAAUUGCCCUCGUCAGUUUGUCAGCGCGCAUCCAUAUCUCGUGUUACAACACAUCGACUGGAUUCAGUGCCGAUACUUGCUCGUUCAAGUUGACCCUCUAGCAACAUCAUCCUCGGCGCUCCCUUCAAAUUCUAGUGAUAUCAAGUCUGCGUUCGAAAUUAAGCAAGAUCCCGAAUACACCGCUAGAUCUAUAAACGGUAAACCCAUAGGUGUCCCCUAUUGUGCCGCUUCAGUAUCCAGAGCAUUUCGCACCGAUAGCUUUGGUGGUACUUCCCAGUUCAAGAAACAUAAAGGUUUACCUUCUCUUGUGAAUGGAACCACUUUUGUGAGCGAAGAAGAAGAUAUUGAGGAUACAAACUUUCUGCUCUCCGAAGAUGAAGGUGAUGUCGAAAUCUUAUAUUCUACGAGUAAUUCGAAGAAGCCAGAAGCUUCAAAAACCGAUUUUGUUCCCGGAUCGCUUGAUCAAACCAGCCUUCCAAUGCUAGAUUCGCCAGCUUAUGCCACCCCGUCUGCAACUAUGCGUCUCAACAGAGAAUUGCAAGCAAUCCUCAAGGUACAAAAUUCAACCCCCCUCCACGAACUAGGAUGGUACAUUGAUGAAACUCUCGUUGAUAACAUCUAUCAAUGGAUCGUCGAGCUACACUCUUUCGACCCCACCCUACAACUGGCCAAAGACCUGAAAGAAUCAGGCCAAACGAGCAUUGUCAUUGAGAUACGCUUUGGAAAAGAGUAUCCUCACAGCCCACCCUUCGUACGCGUUGUGAAACCAAGAUUUUUACCCUUUAUGUCCGGUGGCGGUGGUCACGUAACAGCCGGCGGAGCCUUAUGUAUGGAGCUCUUGACAAAUUCGGGCUGGAGCGCCGUUUCCUCGAUUGAAUCGGUUCUCUUGCAGGUUCGUCUUGCACUUAUGAGUACUGAUCCAAAACCUGCACGUCUGGAAAGCAGAGGUAAACAGCAACAAGGUGAGUAUGGAACUCAUGAGGCUAUGGCAGCUUUCAUUAGAGCCUGCAAUAUGCACGGAUGGGAGAUACCUAAGGAUUUUCAGGACUUUGCGUCAACACCCGGAGCUAGUCAUUUUUAA